UAUCACCAUGGGGAUGCUGGUGCCCACUGCUGUAGCUGUUCCGCUGCUGAUCCUGUUCCAGCAGCAGCUGUGUUCCCUCUGGAGUGGCCUGGCCAUCCUGUUCUGCUGGCUGAGGAUAGCAUUGGGGUGGCUAGAUCCUGGAAAGGGACAGCCACAGGUUCAGGUUGAGCCCGAGGAGACCCAGAAAACCCAGGAAGACGGGAACAGUCCACAGUCUACAACCCCCGUUAGCGUCAACUACCACUUCACUCGUCAGUGCAACUACAAAUGUGGCUUCUGCUUCCACACAGCCAAGACAUCCUUCGUGCUGCCCCUAGAGGAGGCCAAGCGAGGAUUGCUUCUGCUCAAACAGGCUGGUAUGGAGAAGAUCAACUUUUCAGGAGGAGAACCCUUCCUACAGGAUAGGGGUGAAUACUUGGGCAAGCUUGUGAGAUUCUGCAAGGAGGAGCUGGCCCUGCCCUCUGUGAGCAUUGUGAGCAAUGGCAGCCUGAUCCGGGAGCGAUGGUUCAAGGACUAUGGAGACUAUUUGGACAUUCUUGCUAUCUCCUGUGACAGCUUCGAUGAGCAGGUUAAUGUUCUGAUUGGUCGUGGCCAAGGAAAAAAGAACCAUGUGGAAAACCUUCAAAAGCUGAGGAGGUGGUGCAGGGAUUACAAGGUGGCGUUUAAGAUCAAUUCCGUCAUUAAUCGCUUCAACGUGGACGAAGACAUGAAUGAACACAUCAAGGCUCUGAGCCCUGUGCGCUGGAAGGUUUUCCAGUGCCUCCUAAUCGAGGGUGAGAACUCAGGAGGAGAUGCCCUGAGGGAAGCAGAAAGAUUUCUUAUCAGCAAUGAAGAAUUUGAAGCCUUCUUAGAGCGUCACAAAGAGGUGUCCUGUUUGGUGCCUGAAUCUAACCAGAAGAUGAAAGACUCCUACCUUAUUCUGGAUGAAUAUAUGCGCUUUCUGAACUGUACCGGUGGCCGGAAGGACCCUUCCCUGUCCAUCCUGGAUGUUGGCGUGGAAGAAGCGAUAAAAUUCAGUGGAUUUGAUGAGAAGAUGUUUCUGAAGCGUGGUGGGAAGUAUGUUUGGAGUAAGGCUGACCUGAAGCUGGACUGGUAAAGCUGAGACUGGAAGGAGACUCUGACCAGCUACAGGGAAGUUCACGUGCAGCUGUCCUUCACCACAUCACACCUUCUGGCUGUCUACAGACUGUUGUUUUGUUUCUUUCAGUUUGACUGAACUAAGGAAGGAGUAAAACAAUUUCGUGACCACUUAUACACCAGAUAAUGGUUCUCCACAGGGAUAGAGUUCAGUUCACAGGGGAACAUGGUCCAGUGAUCCCCAAGAACCAAUAUUUAACUUGUGUGUGAAUUUUUAUGUGGAGUUUUACUGUGAACCCCGUGUUUCCUUUUCCCUUUUUGUUCCCCUUGAGAAACUGGGUUAUUUUCUGCCAACUAUGCCAGUUUUGUCAACAGGAAACAUCACAAAAUACACCCUUCAAUUACUGCUGA